UUGAAGUACAAUAAUCUGGCGUGCUGGGGCCAUAGAGACGUGGCUGUUUCUGGUGAGAUAUUUCAGUGGAGAGAAGGAAAAAGGCGUGCUGACUGCAGGGUCCGGAGAGGACAGUCCCUGCGCUUCGAGUUUCUGUUUCUAUACAAGAUUCUUAGGGGAUCCUUUUGUUUUAGAAGAUCUUGAUCUUUUAGAUCAGACAGAAGUAGCUGAGUUUGGGCUGGUAAUUACAGUUUGAUUGGAGUCCAUCCUCUAAAUUCAGGAUAUGCUUUGGUCAUGUCCCAAAUGGAAAAUGAAUCACUGAGAGAAGAUGUGGGUGAACUUGAUGAAAAUGUGCAGAAGUCAAUGGAUGAAGAGGUGACCAAGAAUAAUGGAGAGGGAGCUGAACCUACCUUCACGACCCAGAAAAGAACAGGAGCCAAAGUCACUGAGCUCAGUGCAGCCCAAGAGCCACAGGUGCAAAAUAUACUGGUCUCAGGUCCCAUUGAGAAGACUCAAACAGGAUGGGGAUCUUGGGGAAGCUGGGGAAAAUCAUUGCUUUCAAGUGCUUCAGCUACAAUGGCCAGUGUUGGUCAUGGAAUCUCAAAUGUCAUUGAAAAAGCAGAAACGUCCCUAGGGAUCCCCAACCCUAGUGAUUUACCAUCUAAUGCCAGAGAUGCAAUGAAAGAAAACCACAGCUCUGAAGAAGUAAGUGAUGACAAGAAAGAGACUGAAAAUCCGUCACCUCUCAGUGGUGCUUUUGGAAUGUUUUCUACCAUUUCUUCUGCUGUUCAGAGCACAGGGAAAACAGUUAUAACUGGAAGUUUGGAUGCAUUGGAAUACAUUGGUAAAAAGACUAUGGAUGUGAUAGCUGAAGGUGACCCUGGAUUUAAGAAAACAAAAGGCUUGAUGAACAGAAAUUCCACACUAUCUCAGGUCUUGCGAGAGGCCAAGGAAAGAGAACAACAGAGGACAGCUGCUGAGGUUUCCAUGACAACAGAGAAGAAAGCACAUUAUGGAUUGCUUUUUGAUGAGUUUCAGGGGCUUUCUCAUUUGGAAGCUUUAGAGAUGCUUUCCAGAGAGAGUGAAUCAAAGGUGAAAUCUAUUAUAAGUACCCUUUCUGGUGAGGAGUUUGCUACUUUAAAGGAAGAGCUGGAAAAGCUGAAAGAAGCAUUUUCAUUAGCUGAAUUUGAUGAUGAUGAAGAUGAUGAUGAAGAAAAAGGAGAAGACGAAGAUUUCACAAAUGAAGUGGGCCUACUCUUUUCACAGCUGUGCAUCUCUCUAAAACCAGCUAAAUUGCUCCAAGCAAGGACCUCUGCUCAUGAAUUAGUUAAAAACCUCGACAUGCAAGUGGUCAAAGAAGCAGAAAAGCAUGAAGGAGACCAGGAAGUGGGCUCAGGAGAUACUGAACAAGAGAAUAAAAAGUCGGUGGAGGAUAUCCACAUGGUUGCAAUCAGAAGCCUGGCUGAGUUGACCGCUUAUUCCAUUGAAAUAUUCCACAAAACUGCAGCAUUGGUUCUUCAUGGGCAAAAAGAAGAUGUGUUGGCUAUAAAUAGAGCUAAAAGCCUUUCCCAAAUGACCAUUAUGCUGUGCAAAGAAUUGUCAUCCCUCUCUAAAGAAUUUGCGACAUGCUUAACAGCUGCGGGGGUGGAAGAGAAGGCUGAUGUGCUCAAUCCUUUAAUCACAGGAGUGUUUUUGGAGGCUUCCAACAGUGCCUCUUAUAUCCAAGAUGCCUUUCAACUACUUUUGCCCGUGCUGCAGAUCUCGCAUAUCCAGACUCGGACAGAGUUAUCUCAACAAUAAAUCAAGUCUGAGUAAACUGGAACAUCACUUCCAAGGGACCUGAGUGGAAGUUCCCUUGUUCCACAAGAAGAUGAAAGCAUCUUACUAUAAAUUAAGACAGAUGUGUUGACUUGUAGUUUUCCACUGUCCAGAAUAAGAUGCUGAAGGGCCAUGAUGCAACCACCUAUAUAGAUAGACAGGAUGAUCUGUAGACAGCAUAGGAAGUUUGUUAUGCAAUUUGUCUUUGUCAUUUUGCUGGAUAAUGUUCUAUCUGCUUCUGCUCCUUAGACCCUCUGUAUUAUGCUCCUUGAGAUAAAAGCAUUAUGAAGGAAAGACUCAUAGUGCAAAGGAUGCAUAGCACAACAAUGUUCUUGGCUUGAGACCUGAGAUUAUUGGAGUCCGUAACUGCUGCAAAUUGCAUUAUACUCACAUUGAAAUGCUGUUUUAAGUUAAAUGCCUAGCACUCCAAAGAGACAUUGAGAAAAUAAGAUUUGUUUUAAAGCAUGUGAGUGAUUUUUCAGUUGUCUACUCUAAGAUCUGGAGAUCCCAAAGGAAAAAAGACUUUAAAAAACCUGCUAAGAUUGCAGUUCUAUGUGUUAUUUGAAAGGAGAAAAAGGGCCAUUUAUAUAUCUCGACUUGCUGCCCAGUAAGCAUGAUUAUGCUUCAGGUGUGAAAAGUUUUUAGACAACUUAAUGAUCUGACCUUUUAUUGAUGUAUACUCUAUUAGUGCUAGUUUACAGAUAAAUUUGGUAUUUUUUUUUAAAAAAGAAACACUUUUAUGUAAUAGCAUUUGAUGUUUAAAUAAACACAUUUUGCUAGACCUCACUUAGUCAAUAGAUUUUCAGUGUCCUACUUCCUUAGCAGUAAUUAAAAAGGAGCCAAGAAGGAAUUGACUCCAUUUGAAGAAAAGUAAGGCUUUUGAUAAAUGCCUUGAGGUAAGAUGGGCGGCCUAUACAUUUUAUAAAUAAAUAAAAUGAAGCUAUCAAGGGAAGCUUACAAUUAGAUGCAGCAUUUUGUUUUCCCUUUAGCCCCAUUUCAUGACUCUGGAUAAUUCUUUGAAAAUAAUUUUUUAGGGUUCUGGGAAAUUUGCCUGAAUUCCAAAAAUUGUGACUUAAUUCUUAAUAUCAUAACUCCAAAGACUUUAGAAUACAAUUUUUUUCUUAUCUUUUUUGUCCAAUUGUUACUUUGCACAAUUAUGUCUUGUUCCAUAAUUUAUAUGUUUAUUAAUUUGUUCUUUCCUAGAAUCCUAUUUCGGCUCAGGGAAAGUCUACUAGCUUUUAUGUUUUGAACAAGCAGCUUGCUGUGAUCAUAGUGACUCAAAUAUCACUUCAGCAAAGGAAAAAAAAUGAAUUGCAACUUGUUUUACUUAAGUAAAUGUUCUUGCUUUUGCCUUUGUUAGCAUGUCUUUGUUUUAACUGCAGUUUUGAGUUUCUGUCUCAUUGCUUGAUGGUCUUUACAGUUACUAAAUUACUUUAUUACCAUAUUACAGCACUAGUAAGAAAUGUUGGAACAAUGCACUAUAUGCAUGUAGAUACAUGUGUGUAUGUGUAUACAUGUGUCUCUGUGUGUAUGUAUGUAUAUGUAUAUAUGUAUGUGUGUGUGUGUAUGUAUGUAUAUAUAUAUAUAUAUAUAUAUAUAUAUAUAUAUAUAUAUAUAUAUAUAUAUAUAUAUAUAUAUAAAUAGAUACAUAUACAUACAUACAUACAAAUCCAGUAAAAAUGCCCUUUAACUUCACAAAUAAAUUAGGCUUUUUAGAUAGUUUAAUUUCUAGCAAAGAAUCUAUUUUAUCUAUUUUAAAUAUGUAUGUGCACUAUAUUGUAUACAGAGAAUAAAUGUCUUAUGAUGUAAUAAAGAAAUGGCUGCUUAUUAAAUACGUUGACCAUUGAAUACCUACAGUUACUCAUAUUCAGGUCAACAAAACAA